AGCAGAGAAACUGGAUGCCAUUAUCUAUAGGCAUGCUUCGUCUUGGGAGGACGAGAGUGCUCCCUCGCCUGGGGAGGGGAGGCAACCAAGUCCGAGGCUACGACACACGGAACUGCUUCGGCCAUAGAGUCAAGGCCGCGCCGAAGAUACCAGUGAAGGAGGAGUGGUUGAGGAGGCGGGAGGCUCAGCCAAACCUGUGGAGACUUGUGUGCGCCUACAGAGACCACGGACACAGAGUCGCCGAUCUCGACCCUCUUCAACUGACCCCCAGCUCUCCGCUGCCAGAGCUGGAGCCGUCUUCCUACGGUCUGGGAGGUAGUGAGGCAGAGACUAUCCUCUAUCCCACAGAGGGCCUCGUUCAUGGCCACCCUCACCAGCAGGCACCUCUCUCUGACAUCGUCCACCACCUCAAGAACGUCUACUGUGGCAGCCUAACUCUCGAGUCAGCUCAUAUCAUGGACAUGGAGGAAAAAGAGUGGCUUGCUCAGAAGUACGAGGAGACCAAGUCACGCCCCCUCUCGGAGGUCAACCAGAGGUCGUUGCUAUGGGAAAUGGUCCGCUCACAAACCCUCGACAAUUUCCUUGGGAAGAAGUUUGGGACGUUAAAGAGGUACGGGGCUGAAGGAGCCGAGGCCAUGAUGGCUUUCUUUCAGGAGGCCUUCUCUUCAGCUGCUUCAGGUGGAGUGAGUGACGUCAUAAUUGGCAUGCCUCAUCGCGGGCGACUCAACCUCCUCAUCGGAAUGUUACACUUCUCACCCACUGCGCUCUUCCACAAGAUACGUGGCAACGCAGAGUUCUACGAGGGAGCUCCGAGUGUGGGAGAUGUUCUCUCUCAUAUCUCGGUGUCGGUAACCCUGGAGAUGGGGGAAGAGAAGGCCCCCCUCCAUGUCAAUCUCCUGCCCAACCCCUCUCAUCUGGAGGCCGUUAACCCCGUCGUGAUGGGGAAGGCGCGGGCCCGGCUCCUCUCCCUGGGACUGGGAGAGUACUGGAGUGGCGGGGAGAGCGACGAGGACGGAGGGGGCAAGGUACUACCAGUCCAAGUACACGGCGAUGCAUCAUUCAGCGGUCAAGGUGUCGUCAUGGAGACGCUAGGAAUGGCAUCACUCCCUCACUACGGGGUGGGCGGGACCCUUCACCUGGUGGUCAACAACCAACUGGGAUUUACUGCUCCACCUGACCAUGGGAGAUCCAGUCACCACUGUACCGAUGUUGUAAAGAUGAUUGGAGCCCCCGUACUGCACGUCAAUGGAGACCAUCCUGAGGAAGUGGUGAGAGCUACAGCAGUUGCCAUGGACUACUGGAUGAAGUUCCGGAAAGACGUAGUUGUCGAUCUCGUCUGCUUCCGCAGAUGGGGUCACAACGAGAUGGAUAACCCUUCGUUGACCCAGCCCACCAUGUACAAUGUUAUAGACAAGAGGCCCAGCGUCCCAGAUCUCUACUCUAUGGAACUAGAGUCACAAGGGGUGGCUGAAGAAGGAGAGGGGAAGAAGAUUGCAAACUCUUACUCUGAGCAACUCAACGCCCGUCUCAAGGAAGUCGACAGCCACACCCCCUCGAAUGAGACUCUGCGGGAUCGGUGGGAGGGGCUGGAGUUUGCUUCGUCAAAUAUCACAGUCUGGGACACAGGUUUGCCAGAAGACGUACUGAAGUAUGUGGGGGCAAAAUCUGUCAGUCUUCCUGACGAUUUCUUUAAAGUGAGUAGGAGAUUAGAAAGAAGCCACAUUGCUGAAAGAUUAACCAGCCUUGAGACUGGGGUGGGCAUUAAUUGGGCCACUGCCGAGGCACUGGCUAUCGGGACCCUCCUCUAUCAAGGGUUCAAUGUGAGACUCAGUGGUCAGGAUGUUGGUCGAGGAACAUUCAGCCAUCGUCACUCAAUGAUGGUUUGCCAGGAGUCAAACUCUGCUUACAUUCCUCUAAACAACAUCUCCCCUGAACAGACUGCCUUCCUUGAGGUUGCGAACAGCUCACUGAGUGAGGAGGCGGUGCUGGGGUUUGAGUAUGGCUUCAGUCUUGAGAGUCCGCGGAGCCUGGUUCUCUGGGAGGCCCAGUUUGGAGACUUCUUCAACGGAGCCCAGAUCAUGAUCGACACCUUCGUAUCCUCCGGAGAAGCCAAGUGGCUCCUACAGAGCGGUCUGGUGCUGCUCCUCCCCCACGGACUGGAUGGGAUGGGUCCGGAGCACUCUUCCUGCAGAAUGGAGAGGUUUCUGCAGCUGACAGACAGUCAGGAGGCCGGGCCGGACGGAGACCGUGUCAACAUGCACGUGGUCCACCCCACGACCCCGGCCCAGUUCUUCCACCUUCUGAGGAAGCAGAUUGUGCAGAACUUUCGAAAACCACUGAUUGUUGCAUCACCCAAAAUCAUCCUUAGAUUACCAGAAGCUACAUCCAGUCUGCAGGAGAUGGGCCCGGGAACAUCGUUUAGUCCGGUACUCGGAGAUGAAACCGUGGACCCAAAACAAGUGAGUCGUGUGGUCUUCUGCUGUGGGAAGCACUACUACCCACUGGCCGCCCACAGGAGAGAGCUGGGGAGAGAGGAUAACAUCGCCAUCGUGAGACUGGAACAACUCUGCCCCUUCCCCAGUGGAGCCAUCCACUCUCAUCUCGCCAGGUUUCCUUCUGCCAGAGGUGAGGGAGAGAGAAUGACAGGAGUAAGGAAUGGAAGAGAGUGAGAUAAGCGGAAAAAUUUCACCCGCUCACAAAACGUUAAGGUCCAGUUUUUUGAUGGGACAUGUUCAGUGCAUUAGGUAUGGAGCUGAAGACUAUAGCAUUCAAGAUUUAUGGCUGUGUAGAGCUGUGUAAAAAGAACAAAAACAGUGACGAUUUUUCAAUCGCAGAGUUCGUAUGGAGUCAAGAGGAGCCAGAGAACAUGGGUGGAUGGCAGUUUGUGGAGCCUCGCUUCAGGAAACAGCUGGGAGUCCAGCUAAGGUUUGUCGGUCGCAGGGCCUACCCCUGUCCUGCCACCGGCGUACCAAAGAUCCACCAACAAGAGGCAAAGCAGCUGCUCACAGACACCUUUGCCAAGUCUAUAUAGCUAGUGAUAACCCACGAGCCAAUCUUCCAUGACCAUUAAAUUAUUUUUGAUCUCUUUUGUGAUGUACAGGGGUUAAGGUUUAAGACAGCAAACAUGAAAGUGAGAAAAUACUUUUGAGCAGUAGAGGUCAAAGGAUGAUUCAGUUGGCGUGAUUAUUGUUGUGAUGGUAACGGUUGCCUAGGAGAUGAGGACGGUUCGUAGAAGUGAUCUCGGAGGAAAUGAUAAGAUUCUUGAAUAACGGCCAACCUGGGGUAGAACUCGGUAAAGAGUGGGUAGAGCUUGAGGACCAGUGGAUGUCUGUCUACUGUUGACUUCUCCCUCCGGACUAUUGUCACGGCCAGGUAGAACACCACUCGACACAUCGUGACACCUUCGUUAAUGAUGAUGUCACCAACGACGGUGUGUGGUAGGAACAUGGAGGAGGAGAGGCCGACCCAGCUGGUGGAGCUGAUGUAAACACCCAGUCCUCGAACCACCACCACCUCCUCUGAGUGGACACGGGGAGAGCUUCAACACACAGUAUUAUACCACAGUGUGCCGCCUGUCUACCUCUGCAUACAGAGAGGACGAGUGAGAGGAUUAGAUAGAGGCAGAGGGCGGAGAUGAACACGCAAUGGACUAAUACUUCAUACACUGACUGCAGGGAGAAUGCAUUAUGUGGAACAGUAGAGUGCUGUCGUGUUGCCUAACCACUGCCGUGGAAAGGGCCAGGUCUAGGAGAACCAAGAACGCGAGAACGACGACCGUACGUAUGGCUUUCGUUUUCCUGCAUUUGCGGAAUUCUAUUCCCCGUCCGUCAUUCCCACGGCCCGAACAGGAUAUGCUACUGCAGCUAACGUAAUACAGUUCGUCCUUGAUGCUCCUCUGCGGACGAGCACCCCAGUCCGGCUCGCAAACAUUCUUUUCUUCGUCUUCGCCAUGCUG